AACUCUCUUUCUCUCUCUCUCUCUGGACCUCUAUUGCUCCUAACAAUUUUCUGGGUUAUUUUAUUUUUCUCUCUUCUCUCUCUGGUUCAAGUGCUUUUUUUUUUUUUUUUCUUUUUCUAGUUCUUCAUUACCUUGCAUUUCAGUUUUGAGUACUGAAGGGUUUCUCAUGGCUAAGAUUUCCUCAUUUCUUUUGUAAGGUUACAAGCUUUUGACUACCUAGUUCCUUUUUAAUUACAAACUCUUCAACAUUUAAGUGCCAAAAAUGCCUAGAUCAAGGGGCUCAGAAAUGCCACAAAGGCAAUCUCCUCGAGGCACACAUCAGGUUAGGUCAUCAAGUUCUGAUUCUGAUCCUAUGCAUCAUCGACCAAUUAGUAGCCCCAAGCUUGGAGAUCGUCGUUCCCCAAGAGGUGCACCACAAUCAGAUCCACUGAAUCAGAAGAAACUUGGCACUCGUAUUGCAGAUUUAGAAUCUCAACUAGGGCAAGCACAAGAGGAGCUGAAGAUUCUGAAAGACCAGUUGGCUUCAGCAGAAGCUGCAAAGAAAGAAGCUCAAGAAGAACUGGAAAAGAAGACCAAGAAGCCAAAAGCUGCAGAACCUGCUGAAUUUCAUCAAAAGAUUUCUCCAAAAAGAACUCAUGAUUCUAAGAAAACAGACAGCAGCCUCGGAGAUGAAGUUUCUGAAGAUAGUCAGCAAGAAACUGAUGUUUUUGAAGUCCCAGUGGAAAAAGUAGCAGUUGAGCCUAAGGUGGAAGUCGAUGAAGUCAAUCAAGUAGAAGAAGAAACCAAAGCAAUAGAGAUAUCAACUGAACCACCAGCAGUAUCGGAGACAGAGAAACCAUCUUUCCAUGACUUGGCUUUGAAAAAUGAUGAGAUAAAUAUGCUAAAAUCCAAGCUAGAAGAGAAAGAAAAGGAGCUUGGGGUGUUUACUCAAGAAAAUGAGGAACUCAAAAAGCAGCUGAAUGAAGUGACCUCAAGUAUUUCAAUUACUAAAGCCAAGGAAGAGGAAAUGACCUUGAGGUUGAGACAAGUAGGAGAGGAGCUGGAAGCAAGUAAAACAAAUGCAGCACAACUGAAGGAAAAGCUCCAAUCUGUGGAAGGGCAAAAGGAAGCAUUGGAAGCAGAGAUGAAGAAACUAAGGGUACAGACAGAACAAUGGAGAAAGGCAGCAGAUGCUGCAGCUGCUAUUCUUUCUGGGGGUGUAGAAAUGAAUGGGAGGAUUUCAAACAGGUGUAGCUCUAUGGAUAAGCAUUUUGGUGGAGUGUUUGAACCAGCAGCUGCUGGUUAUGCAGGUUAUGUUGGAUCACCUGGCUUGGGUGACGAUGAUGAUGGUUUUGGAAGUGGAAAGCGAAAGGGCUCCGGAAUUAAAAUGUUCGGAGAUCUGUGGAAAAAGAAGAGCCAGAAAUAAAACAAUCUCUGAAAUAUGUGUAGGUGUAUUUUACCUGUUCAUGUAUAAUGGUUGUGAAAUGGUUGCUCACCAUUUCCCUCUUUGUUGGCCAUGUGUCUCAGCAGUUUGGCCACCAUCUCAUCCUCACUAGUUAGUAUGCUUUGCUAUGAAAUGUUAAAACCAUUAAGGGUGAUCUUAAUAUGGUGUAGUGUUGUUUAUGGGUUAGGUCUGGGGACAUCUGUGAUAGAAGGGGCAUUUCUUAAUGCCGUGUGUAAGAAACCCAAGGUUCGAUCGUUGAUAUGUUUUAUUCCUUUAAAAUUUGGUCGUCUUCUAUUGUUUUGCAGAAUUUGUUUUGAGCCGAGGAAAGGUUCCAUAAGAAAUUAAAGUCAUCUGAUAUCAG